AUGUCUGUCAAUGCCCCUGCCACAGUCUGUGUUUGUCUGGCCGAUCACCCGCAUAUCUCACGUUAUGUCGACGCCUCACAAGCACAACCCUCCACACAGUCCCAUGAACCCGGGUCAGUCAACUGCAAGAGGCGCCCAAGGCAUCCACUGUCUAAGCAGUCCAGGGAUUACCGCACCAUCGGGACGAUCCCCCACGGACGUCACCGCGCGUCGAUCCCGCUGUGCUGUGCCGCAGACCAACACAUCACCCGCAAUGAUGCAAUGCAAGGCUUCUGUCGAUCGGUCAAGGACCCGGUCACCCGGCCACCACCUUGUGUCGAUCCCCGCGCGGAUAUCAUCAAGCGUGCAUCUGUGCCGCCCAUGCGCAUCGCGAUCGAGUUGCCAAUUGCCGGAGUUGCACCUUGUCGGACUCGUACGUUCGGGAUCUUCGCUUUGCCCCCACUUAUGUAUUGGGGUUGUCGAGAUUUUUUGGCCCGACGUGCCGGAGUGCGGAGGUCCGAGUGCGUUUACUGA